UUUUUUUCUUCAAGAAACAGGUGUAGAGCGGGGGUAUUCAGGCUUUCAAUGACGAGGCGCUCUUCCAUUAAAGCAUAUAAUAAAAGGAUACAUAUGAUUGUAGAUAAGUAGAUAACGCAUAGAAAUCAAGUGGCCGAUACAUAUCGGAACUGAAAAAGUUAGGUCUGGAGGAGAUCUAGGCUUACGAUGGGGCGGAGAAAGUUGGAGAUGAAGCGAAUUGAAGACAAGAGUAGCAGACAAGUGACGUUUUCAAAGCGGAGAUCAGGGUUAAACAAGAAAGCACGGCAGCUUUCCAUUCUCUGCGACGCUGCUGUCGCCGUCGUCGUCUUCUCCUCCAAUGGCAAACUUUAUGAAUACUGCAGCGGCGGUACGAACAGAGUGGAGGAUAUCAUUUCCAGGUAUCAUAAAAGCAGCCUUGAUGCAGAAGAGCGAACCACCCAAGAAGGGGCUUGCCAAAAUAUGGGAAUUAACAACACGUGUACAAGAUUCCAAACAUGCAAUGAGCUUCUACACUCAGUAAGAAGGCUUGAUGAAAAAGGGAAUGUCAUCUCUGUUAGUGACAUGACAGAGCUAGAGGAGGAACUUAGUGCUGCUCUUAUGCAUACACGUGCUAGAAAGACACAGUUGAUGAUGGAGAGAAUAUCAAGCUUUCAUGAACAGGAAAGGAAAUUAAGCGAGGAAAAGGAAGAACUGAAGCAGCAGCUACAGGUGGCAUCAGCAGCAAACCCGAAUGAUGAUGUUGACGUUGGUGGUCAAAGAGGACGUCUCGAAGACACUGCAGAUAACCAAUAUUGUGGCCAGACCACUCCUCCCCGACGACUUAUAACACUCCCUCUCUUCAAAGAUUAAUUACUUCCUAAAAUUCAAUCAAUAUCAUCGGAAUUAAUAUACACAUGCAUAUAGUAAUUGAAUAUAUUAAUAUUUAUUCAUCACGUACCAGACAUUGUGUAGGCUGUUAUUGUACCAUCCGAAGCUCAACUCUUUCACCAAUAAAGCUUAUCUUUGUUUGUCGA